AUGUCUAUUACAAAGAUUCACGCCAGAGAGAUCUUUGACUCCCGUGGAAAUCCCACUGUUGAGGUUGAUCUUUAUACUGCAAAAGGUCUCUUCAGAGCUGCUGUCCCCAGUGGUGCAUCAACUGGUAUCUAUGAGGCUCUGGAGCUCCGGGACAAUGAUAAGACUAGGUAUCUGGGGAAAGGUGUCUCAAAGGCUGUUGAGCACAUCAAUAAAACUAUUGCGCCUGCCCUGAUUAGCAAGAAACUGAAUGUUGUGGAACAGGAGAAGAUUGACAAGCUAAUGAUUGAGAUGGAUGGAACUGAGAAUAAAUCAAAAUUUGGUGCCAAUGCCAUUCUGGGAGUGUCUCUUGCUGUCUGCAAGGCUGGAGCCGUUGAGAAGGGGGUCCCCCUGUAUCGGCACAUUGCUGACUUGGCCGGCAAUUCUGAAGUCAUUCUGCCAGUUCCCGCUUUCAAUGUCAUCAACGGUGGCUCUCAUGCUGGCAACAAGCUGGCUAUGCAGGAGUUCAUGAUCCUCCCUGUCGGAGCAGCAAGCUUCAAAGAAGCCAUGCGCAUCGGGGCUGAGGUUUACCACAACCUGAAGAACGUCAUCAAGGACAAGUACGGCAAGGAUGCCACCAAUGUGGGGGAUGAAGGUGGCUUUGCCCCUAAUAUCCUGGAGAAUAAAGAAGCCCUGGAACUGCUGAAGACUGCGAUUGGGAAAGCUGGCUACACUGACAAGGUGGUGAUUGGCAUGGACGUUGCUGCCUCAGAGUUCUUCCGCUCUGGGAAGUACGACCUGGACUUUAAGUCUCCUGAUGACCCCAGCAGGUACAUCUCACCUGACCAGCUGGGAGACCUGUACAAGUCCUUCAUCAGGGACUACCCAGUGGUGUCUAUCGAAGAUCCCUUUGACCAGGAUGAUUGGAGCGCCUGGACAAAGUUCACUGCCAGUUCAGGGAUCCAGGUGGUAGGAGACGAUCUCACUGUGACCAACCCCAAGCGAAUUGCCAAGGCUGUGAAUGAGAAGUCCUGCAACUGCCUUCUGCUCAAAGUGAAUCAGAUAGGCUCUGUGACCGAGUCUCUUCAGGCGUGCAAGCUGGCCCAGUCCAAUGGUUGGGGUGUCAUGGUGUCUCAUCGUUCUGGAGAAACUGAGGAUACUUUCAUUGCUGACCUGGUGGUGGGACUCUGCACUGGCCAGAUCAAGACAGGUGCACCUUGCCGAUCUGAGCGCUUGGCCAAGUACAACCAGAUCCUCAGAAUUGAAGAGGAGCUGGGCAGCAAGGCUCGGUUUGCUGGCCAGAAGUUCAGAAACCCUCUCGCCAACUAA